AUGUCGCUCAUGCGAGCUGGAAACUUUGCCUGCUCUCGGGCAGGCAGGCUCGUCACCUACACCAAUGCCCGCUUUGUCUCGACAACCGCCGUCCGAGCCGACUCGGCCGUCAAAACCAACCCUUCUGAGGCCCCAACCACUCGGUAUGGUGAGAGCUCAUUGAUCCAGAAGGAAACACCCUCUGAGGCAAUGGCUCGCCAUCAGCCGGAUUAUGCGGCUACUAUUGACCAAGCUACCUCCAAAUUCUCUCCCGUCCCCAAGCGUGUCAUGGAUGGAAGCGAGCCCGGCGAAACUGUCCCUGCUGCCGUUCUCUCUGGUGCUCCCACCGAUCUCCAGGCUCGUACGGUCAGAAUUUACCGUCCCACGAAGCCUGCUACACAGUCUGGAACUUGGCACUCUCACCAGUGGAGGAUGGAUUGGGAUAUUCUGCAGAAGGGACACCGCUGGGAGAACCCCUUGAUGGGCUGGCAAUCCUCUGCUGAUUGCAUGCAGGGCACUCACCUGAACUUCAAGUCCAAGGAGGAUGCCAUUCUCUUUGCUCAGAAGCAAGGAUACGAGUAUUUCGUCCAGGAGCCCAAUGUGCGCAAAUUUGUUCCCAAGGCUUAUGCUAACAACUUUGUUCAUGAGCCCAAGAAGCUUAAGCACAUCAGGACCAAAUAAUUCGUUUUUGUCGUUCUAUCAUGUAUGUACAUAACUGUCGGUUGCUCUCGUGGGAAUAUUUCUAGACUUGAAAUGUGGUUUUGAUGUUUCUUUCUUUUUUUUUUUUUUAAUAAUUUCUACAUAUAUAUCUUGUCCAGCUGGGAUGGCUGGCCAGGAAACGUAAUCAUGUCCAUGAUAUGGCUAUAGGUCGAGUGCCAAUGCGGUCUUGAAAUCUGAGAUACAACUAAGACAGGAAUAAACCCCAUCUGCACCAACGAAAGUGCGGUGCUUCUCGAUGGCCAUGGGUAUAUAUGAUUCAAGAAAGACACUCACUACAGCGAACAGCCCAAAACUGGUUCAUUUUCGUUUCCUAUUAAUUCAUAGAUGGUGCCUUGAAUAAACUAUUCAACGUCAUAGGACUGUAACUUCUGUCUUGUCGUCUAUUAUGCCGGUUUUUUC